AUGUGCCUCUCGGAAGCACCCGAGUGCCUGGCCCACCUCGCGGUCGGCUGCCCAUUUGCCCGGCGUCUCGGGUCUGCUCUGUCCCCGACCCCCCACCCAGUCUUUGUGGACUUUGUAUGUCCGGUCGUGUCUCGCUCGGAACGUCGACUUGUCGAACUACGAGUCCUCUUCUUUCACUCGAUCUGGAAGCUCUGUCGCCGUCGCCGAUUCUCGUCGGAUCUUUUGGAACCGAUCACCGAAACGGACUUCGAGGGGCUUCGAGCCUCUAUUCAGGAGUCCAAGGGUCGCCUAGUGUCUCUGUCAGCCACCAAAGGGGGUUUUAGUGGGUAUGGUUGA